GGGGCGCUAGUGGUGCUCACUGGUUCCCCCACACAGGUGUUCUGUGCCCGUCUCCUGGAGGAAGCCCGCAGCAGAAGCUCUUUCCCUGGCGACGUGGUGAUGGGGAUUUUUUCCAACAUCUGUUCCAUCUACUGUUUCCAUCAGCAGUUCCUGCUGCCUGAGCUGGAGAAGCGCAUGCAGGAAUGGGAGAGGCACCCCUGCAUUGGGGACAUACUGCAGAAGCUGGCGCCGUUUCUCAAGAUGUAUGGAGAGUAUGUCAAGAACUUCGACCGGGCGAUGGAGCUUGUCAACACUUGGAUGGAGCGAUCCGCCCACUUCAAGCUGAUUGUCCACCAGAUCCAGAUGGAGGAGGCCUGCGGGAAUCUCACCCUGCAGCACCACAUGCUGGAGCCCGUCCAGAGGAUCCCCCGUUACGAGCUUCUGCUCAAGGAUUAUCUGCAGCGCCUGCCCCCCGGCGCCCCGGACAGCAGGGACGCAGAAAAGUCCCUGCAGCUGAUUGCGACGGCAGCGGAGCAUUCGAACGCCGCCAUCCGCAAAAUGGAACGGAUGCACUCCUUGCUGAAGGUGUAUGAGCUGCUGGGCGGGGAGGAGGACAUCGUUAGUCCCACUAACGAGCUCAUUAAGGAAGGCCACAUCCUCAAGCUGUCGGCCAAGAAUGGGACCACACAGGACCGGUACCUGAUCCUGUUCAACGACCGGCUGUUGUGCUGCGUCCCAAAACUGCGCCUCCUCGGCCAGAAAUUCGGGGUCCGGGCCCGGAUCGACGUGGAGGGGAUGGAGGUGGGUGGGGAGCGUGGCCCCCAGGCCCCUGUGCCCCAGACGGAGGAGGAGAAACGCGACUGGAUCCAGGCGAUUCGGGCCACGAUCCUGAAGCUGGAGCAGAUGCCGGUGGGAGCUGCACCCCGGGAAGAGGAAGAGCCUUGGGCUGGAUCGCCGGGCCGGGAGCUGGGGCGCCGGGCGCCGACGCCGAUCCGGGAGAAGGAGGUGACGCUCUGCAUGCGGUGCCAGGAGCCCUUCGCCGCCCUCACCAGACGCCGCCACCACUGCCGGGCCUGCGGCCGCGUGGUGUGUGGGAAAUGCUCCGAGUUCCGGGCCCGGCUUCUCUACGACAACAACCGGCCCAACCGGGUCUGCGGGGGCUGCUUCGCCGCGCUGCAUGGCCCCCCUGGGACCCCUGGCCCCCCCCCGCGCCGCCGCUCCAUCCUCGAGAAGCAGGCGUCGGAGGCGGCCGAGCAACAGCGUCGUUGCAGCUUCCUGCACUACGUGGAGCCGGGCGCCAAAGCUGGCACAGAGGCUGGUUCGUUGUCCGCAGAGCGACCCCUGGUGCUGUACGUCUAUGGCGCCCCCCAGGACGUGAAGGCCCAGCGCAGCCUCCCGCUGAUCGGCUUCGAGGUGAUGGGCCCGGAUCUGGGCGCGCGGCUCGACCGGCGUCACUCGUUCGCCAUCCGCCAGAGCCAGCUGCGCUGGCAAUUCAGCGCCGAGUCGGAGGGGCUGCAGCGGCGCUGGAUGGAGGCCCUGAGCCGGGCGGGGCAGGGGGAGCUGCCCCCCGCGCCCAUCCCCGAGGCUGAGGAGGGGGCCGAAGGCCCCUGACGGCGCCGGGGGGCUUGACUGGACACCGUCCCCCAACGAACGAUACUUGAACUGUCUUCAGGCACUUUGAGACGCCCCCUCACGGGGCAUCGCCUCAGCGCUUGGCCCCUGGAUGUCUGGGCUCCUGGCAAGCUGCCCCCCAGGGGCCCAGCUCCCAUCCCGCCCUGGGGUGGGGACUGACUGACUGGGGGGCAGGGGGAAAUGGGGCCUGUCCCUCCCACUCCAUCCCUUCAUGCACCAGGCAGAACCCCCACAAGUGCCGGCCCAGCCGUUCCCUGGUGUAACCCC